AACGUGGCCCCGUCUCGCUCCGGGUUCCGCCGAGAAUUGACCUGCUGUGACAAAGGGCGGACUUUGGACCCGAAGAGACUUGACUCACAGCGAACAUGGCCUCGCAUCGACUCAUAUGCAACGCCUGACGCAAGCUAUCCACAGCAGAUGUGAGAAUUGGACUUCGACUGCGAUGCAAGUAAAGUGGCACCGGUGCCCCUUGCUCUGGCCAAAUCCACUCGCCUUGCCCCGCGUCCACCAAUACAGAAGUCUUGCGGGUGGUACAGAGUGCUCUUCUCGCACUUCGGUCCCAUCCAUCCAUUCAUUAUUGGCCCACAUCUCACUUACUCGCCUCUCUCGCGGUCCCACAUUGACACACGAGGGAUGGGCAGUACGCAGCCGGUGCGCCCUCCUGGUCUCACCUCCCAGCUGGAGUCUCCCGCCGCCUCUGUCCCCGCCAAGAGGGAGGGUAGUACCCCACCAUUGGCAGCUAAGCCCGAGCGAGAGGCCGAAGUAGACUCAACAUCGCAGCCAAUCUCGAACAAACGGGUGCGUGUCACAAAUCCACUGCUACGACCACGACAUGGACUUAUGCCACAGACCCUUCCGAGGUCUGCUACUGUACUUUAUAGGCCUUCGGGAUCCGCAAGCGGUGCAGCCCGUCCAUUCACGGGUGAUGCUCUGACAGCUACCAGUCCCACCGUGUCUUCCUCGGCAGCUCCACCCUCGUCGUCAACCCUAUCCGGCGGUGAACAGCUGCAGGAACGUUCGCACCCUGGCUUGCUGCUACCUUCUCCAGUGGAGCAUUUACCGUCAUCUGGCCUCCCUGGCCCACUUGCAGAUCUCCCGCCGCAAGCGGGCCCAGCCUUGCGUCUGCCCCUUACUCCCAUGAGCUCAACACUGCCUCUUCCCUCCUCUACGAGCUUCGAGUCACAAAAGCGCUGGCGAGGGCUGCCAUGCGCGUCUCCCAUUCCCCCAUCGUACGAAGGACAAGACGGGAGAAGCAUACUGCCCCUCAUGUUUCCCACCAAGCGGCAGGCUAACCGCUGGGCCAGGAUAUACAUUGGCGGAGAGGAUCCGGAGCUAGCUGAGCGGCUGUCACUGAGCCCUUCAGGAACGGGAGCAGCAAAAGCACCAGCCGUAGAAGCAGGACAGUCAGACGAGGAAGCAUCCGAGGGCAGUACCACCCCCGGCGCUGACACAAAGAGGACAUCAGCAGGGGUCUGGCUGACACGAGGAAAGAACGGUGGUCGACCAGGAGAUCUGGAGGUGAGUACGAUGACAAUGACCAAUUCGUCUGGUCUGAGACCUCCGCAGUGCUGUGCAGUCCGUCCUCACGCAGAGCUGCCUUCGCUUCCUCCUCUAUCUCGACUUUCACCUUGACCCUGACCCUGUGUUCACAUCUCCAGCUGCGAUGCACACGGUAUAGGCUCACGAAGUGUCAUUGGACGUUGAAGGUUACACG